CCUCUUGAAUUUCUCCAAAACCAACGGCGGGGCUCCAUCACCGACCCCUCCUUGCACGCUGCCCCGACUCCCCCUGCCUUCUCGUCUGGUGCGGCUGCACCGCCUGCCAUGUCGUCCUCCUUCCGCCGCCCGGACUCCUCGGCGACCAACUUCCCCUCGUCCUCCCACGAGCACAGGCGGUCGAUCUCCCAGUCCCGGCCCUUGUCCCCGUUCAAGUUCGGCGACGCGUCCGCACAGCCGAGCGAGAGUCCCAACGCGCAUCUUAGACGCCUGCUGAGGUCCCCUUCGGCUGAGAUGGGAGACAGACGCACGCCCACCCAAGCCCCGGGUGCCGACAACGGCCGCGAGGGCGGCACGCCGGGAGCUAGGGAGCGUAACGGCAGCGAAGACAGGGCGAAGGGGAACGACCGGAUGGAUGUCGACCGGAACGAGGACGCGCAGCAGCAUGGACAGGGGGCAGAGGGCAACACGCGACCGGAGCACGCUGCUCGAGAUAUGGAAGACGUCGACUACAGCGGCCGCCGCCAGUCUGUGGUAGCAGGCACGAAGCGCAAGAUGUCGUCAGACAAAGGCGUGUAUCCGCCCGGGCCUACAGACAUCGAUCCGCAAUUAGUUGGGCAGGAGGGGAGAGAACCAGAGGAACCAGCGCCCAAACGGCGAGGAUCAGCGAUCGACACGCAGAGGAUUGCUGCGCUGAGCCUGCACGACCGACGAGGUUCAGGAGAUGGACGGGCCGCGGCAGGGUCACCAUGGUGGUCGAAUGACAGACGAGAUUCUGUGUCGUCCGCGUCUGCAUUCACGAACACGCCGUUGACGACUGGCUUCAGUACGCCUGCCUCGGCAGUUCCCGGCGACUCGCCACAUGGCCGACCUCCUGGCGGCAUCGCAACUUUCGCGUGGCCUGCCAAUCCUCACGUUCCUCCCGAUCAGGCUACCCCUCCCGCCAUGCAGCACGAGCCUGCCGUUAAUAUGCAGGGCCCUCCCCAUCCCUUCGACUCGCUCACACAAAUCAUGCCUCCAGUCACCUUCGCCCAGGAUCGCAGAAUGUCUGCGCCAAACAUUUCCGCAGAAAAUCUUCCUGCUCCUCCCUCUACGGGCCCGACGCGCUCCCUCCGCUCUCGCUCGCGUCCCCCCUCACGCGUUCGCACUGCCGACCCAUCGGCAGCCAACGAUCCUGGCCAGGCUUCCCCCGGCUCAAGCGGAAAUGCAGAGGAUGCGUCGUCGUCGCGUGGCGUCGACAAGUCGGGCUCGACUCCGUAUUCGCGUUCGCCCGAGUUGCGGGUGUCGCACAAACUCGCCGAACGCAAACGGAGGAAGGAGAUGAAAGAGUUGUUCGAUGAACUACGAGAUCAGCUGCCCGCAGACAGGGGGAUGAAAGCGAGCAAGUGGGAGAUACUGAGCAAAGCCAUCGACUUCAUUGUUACCCUCAAGCAGAGCCACCAGGAGAUGGGCAGGGAUAUAGACUUGUUGCGGCACGAGCUCGAAGGAUAUCGCCAGGGAAUGCCGCCCCCAUUCGCCGGUGCUCCUCCCCAUCCCGUCGUCUACGCGCAUGGCCCUCCAGUUGGCGUUCCUCCAUAUCCGCCCCCACCACACGGUGCACCCGGUGUUCCUCCUCACCAGCCUCCGCCGCCGCAUACACAUCCGUCUGGCCCUCCGGGACCACCUGGGCCUCCCCCUCCGCACCACCCUCAUCCAAUUCCCUCUCAGCAACAAUCCCAACAGCCUAUGUCUCGACCUGGGUCGUCGCAGAACGCCUAUCCGCCUGGUGCGGCCCCGCCCCAGCAGCAACCCCAACAGCCUACCGUUAACGGCAACGCGCCCCCUGCGGCAGCAGCACGCACGGAUACGCCGACAUAGGAGGUUUGGUCUGUUCGCAGCCGGGACCCCGAACUGUAUCGAUAUGUUUUCUUGUUUCCCUCCCUGGAUCGAGGCUUUCCGUCGUCUGUCCCAAGAGCUGGAGAGACGUCCCGUUUGCCCUCGUGGAGCUGUCGUUGUUGUUGUUGUCGCACCUGCCUAUUAUUCCCC